AUGUGCGUUGUCCCCGUGUUGAUCAUUUUAUGCUCGUACACCUACAUCUUCAUGGUGUCUUACAAGCAGAGACAACUUGUCAGAGAACAAGGCUGUAACAUUCCAGGAAUGUCCACCGUCAAGUAUCACAUGAAAGUUGCCCACACUCUCGCCAUUGUUGUAGCGCUGUGUCUGCUCAGUAUCAUCCCUAUGCUGGCUGUGCCUUUCCUCCGAGUCUUCCGCAAAUCACUCGGAGACCGCUGCCGUCAAAAGCUACUGAAGCAAAUCUUUUAUUACGUGGCCAUUUUUGUGAAUGCCAUAUGCAUCCCUCUUAUCUAUGGAUGGAAAAAUGAAGAAUUUAGAAACGCUUUUCGUAAGAUACUGAAAUGCUGCUAA